AUGUCUGCUGGCUCUGUUCUGGUCACCGGUGGUACCGGUUACAUUGGCUCCUUCACCACCCUCGCUCUGCUCGAGGCUGGCUACAAGGUCGUUGUCGCAGACAACCUCUACAACUCUUCCGACGAGGCUCUCAAGCGCGUUGAGUUGAUCUCCGGCAAGAAGGCCGAGUUCGCUCAGAUCAAUGUGACCGACGAGGCCGCUUUCGACAAGGUCUUCGAGGCGCACCCCGACAUUGACAGCGUUAUUCACUUUGCCGCUCUCAAGGCCGUCGGCGAAUCGGGCGAGAAGCCCCUGGACUACUACCAUGUCAACGUCUACGGCACCCUCUGCCUCCUGCGCUCCAUGGUCCGCCACAACGUUUCCAACAUUGUCUUCUCCAGCUCUGCCACCGUCUACGGUGAUGCUACCCGUUUCCCCGACAUGAUCCCCAUCCCCGAGCAUUGCCCUCUGGGCCCUACCAACCCCUACGGAAACACCAAGUUCGCCGUUGAGACCGCCAUCACCGAUGUGAUCAACGCUCAGCGCAACAACGCCCUCAAGGCUGGUAACCAGGCUGAGGCUAACAAGUGGAACGGCGCUCUGCUGCGCUAUUUCAACCCCGCUGGUGCUCACCCCAGUGGUAUCAUGGGCGAGGACCCUCAGGGUGUUCCUUACAACUUGCUGCCUCUGUUGGCUCAGGUUGCCACUGGCAAGCGCGAGAAGCUGCUUGUCUUUGGUGACGACUACGAGUCGCGUGACGGAACCGCCAUCCGUGACUACAUCCAUAUCCUCGACCUUGCCAACGGUCACCUCAAGGCCCUCAACUACCUCCGUGCCAACAACCCCGGUGUCCGUGCCUGGAACUUGGGUACCGGCAAGGGCAGCACCGUCUACGAGAUGAUCAAUGCUUUCUCCACCGCUGUCGGCCGCGACCUCGCCUACGAGGUUGCUCCCCGCCGUGCCGGUGACGUCCUGAACCUGACUGCCAACCCUACCCGUGCCCACACCGAGCUUGGUUGGACUGCCGAGCGUACCCUCGAGCAGGCUUGCGAGGACCUCUGGCUCUGGACCCGGAAUAACCCCCAGGGUUACCGCCAGCAGCCGCCGGCGGAACUGCUCGCUGCUCUGAAGAAAUAA